CAGUCCUGUUAGUACAAGUGAGUUGGAGAGCGUAGCCAGGCGUUGCCAGUUCCUAUCCCUGACAGCCUCCAGGAGCCUCAGGCAGGAUUAUGUCAAAGCACAAGGGGUAACUCUGGCUGGGACCGCUUUGCCACAGGAUCUCCAGCGCUCCUGUGGGCUCAGCUGCAUGCAGAGAAAUACCUGCGGGAAGUUCUGGGGGCUCUCCUGCUCUUCCAUGGACAGAGGAGCAGCAUCAGAACACUGUGUGUGCAGGCAAGGAGGGCUGGGGGCUCGGGGGGAAGGAGCCACUCCCCAGCCCAGCCCUGACCGCAGGUUUUGCUGCUGGCCCAAUCUCACUGGGGCACAGGGUCUGGCAGAUGCCCACGCUUGGGGUCCUACACCCCCUUAGGGAUGCAGGGACAUGGCAGUGACUCCACAUUGUCCCGAGCUCAGACAGGGGGUCUCAGGGGCUCAGCAUUCCUCUGGCUGGUGUGGCUGGAGGUGGGGAAAGUUCCCAGAGCACUGCUGGACCCUGGGGCUUCCUGCAGCACAAGGCUUGCUUUGCUCCAUCCAGCACCGUGCGAGCUCCCAGCUAUGUGGAGCAGCCUCCCCCUCAGAACACUUACGUUACCCUCAAUCACAUCCACAUGCUGUCUCGGAGAGCUGCCUCUUCCCUCCAGAUGUGCAGAGCGUGUCUGUGCGGCUGUCCCAGGCUCUCACACCUCCUGCUUCCCUCCCCUGCCUAAUGGAGCAGGGAUUUUGGCAGCGGUGGCUGCUGCUGCUGGUGGGCAUCCAGCUGGCCAGUGGCCAGUGCCCAGAGCAAUGCCAGUGCGUCCGCACUGCCCAGGUGGAGUGCUCCGGUGCUGGCAUCACUACAGUCCCCAGCCCCAUUCCUGAGAACGCCAUGACCCUGCAGAUCAUCAACACUCUCAUCACUGAGCUGGGAGACGCAUCCUUUGGCAACGCCUCCCUACUGAUCGGGCUGCGCAUCGAGAAGAACAACCUGUCGCGCAUCAGCCCCAGGGCCUUCCAGCACCUGCCCGACCUGCGCUACCUCAGCCUGUCCAGCAACAAGCUGCAGGAGCUCCCCGUGCAGGUCUUCGAGCCCCUGGGCAAGCUGGAGUCUCUACUCCUCUCCAGCAACCAGAUCCUUCAGGUGGAGCCUUCCCACUUCUCCCACCUGAGCAACCUGAAGGAGCUGCAGCUGCACGGGAACAACCUGCAGGAGCUGAAGGAGGGGGUGUUUGACCAUCUCACCAGCCUUACCAAGCUCAACCUGGCCAGGAAUGACAUCGACCACCUGCCACGCCGGGCCUUUGAGCGGCUGGCGCGGCUGCAGGUGCUGCGACUCUAUGAGAAUCGGCUCCGGCAGAUCCCAGUGGGCACCUUUGAUGGGCUGCCCGAGCUGCAGGAACUAGGACUGCACCAGAAUCAGCUGGAGACGCUGUCCCCGGAGCUCUUUGUGCACAAUGGAAACCUGCAGAAGCUCUACCUGUCCAAUAACCUCCUUGUCACCCUACCGAGCGGUGUCUUCUUGCCCUUGCGUGCCCUUGCUAAGAUCACCCUGCACGUCAACCGCCUGCGGGACAUCUCCCCCGGUGCCUUCGGGCCCAUGCCCAACCUGCGGGAGCUGUGGCUCUACGAUAAUGAGCUUUCUACCCUCCCUACCGCUGUCUUUGGAAACCUCACCCAGCUGCAGCUCCUGGUACUCAGCAAGAACCGGCUGCGCUCCGUGGCACGGGGUGCUUUCCAGGGUUUGGGAGAGCUGCUGGAGCUGUCUCUGCACUCCAACGCCCUGCGCCGCCUGGAUGCCCAGACACUGGAAGGGAUGCCCAAGCUGCAGAACAUCUCCCUGCACCACAACCAGCUGCAGAUGCUGCCGCGGGGCCUCUUCAGCACUACCCCAGGGCUGCGGCACCUGCAGCUGCACUCCAACGCCCUGGAGUACCUGCCCGCCGGCAUCUUCUCCCCUCUGGCUGCCUUGCAAGAGGUGAAGCUGCACAACAACUCCUGGCGCUGUGACGAGGGCAUCCUGCCCCUGCGGGGCUGGCUGGAGGACAACCUCCACAAGGUGGGCGAGACACCCCCCCUCUGUGCCCAGCCCCCUUCCCUGUGGGGCACCCCCAUCGCUGGGCUGCCGCAGGACCAGCUCCUCGUCCCCGUGCCCUCCACUGCCUCCCCCCGUCCCAGCACCCCGCUCCCUGCUGGCCCCUCUGAGGUGGCAUUACCCGAGGGUGCCUGGACGGAGCCCCCCAUGGGGCUGCCAGUCUCCCCACAGGCGGAUGAGGAGAAGGAGGAGGAAGAGGAGAGGGGGCAGUGGGGGCUGACAAGCACACAGAGUGGGGUGGUGGUGGCGGUCAUUGUGCUGGUGUGUGCGGCCCUGCUUGCCGCUCUGGUGGCGCUGGUGGUCUACGGCUGCAGGAAGAAGAGCCAAGUUGUGCUUAUGAGAAUGAAGGCGCCCAAUGAAGCAUCCCCUCCCGCCUCUGUGCUCAUCCCCUGCCCGGGGGCCAGCAGCUGCGAUGCCGAGAGGGGACCCCUCAAGCAGAGAGCCACAGCCUGGUCAUUCAUGAUGGUGCUUAACUCAAACAGGACUCCCUUGUCCCUCACGUUGCUUUGUCCCCUCUGGUGCUACCUGUCGUUUCACCGCCUGCUGCCCGCUGCUCCCGCCAUGCCCCAGCCUCUGCCCCCGCCCGGGCAGGAGCCGCACACCCGGUGCUGCCGUGCCCUCGCCGACGGGCUGGGCGCUGCUGCCGGGCUGGCACACCCGCACCGCUCCACGCUGCCGCCCUGCCCGCAGGCAGCCAGCACCUUCCCUGGCCCGCACAGCCUCCUGCCCCCUCCUGCUGCCUCUCCUGUGCCCCGCGGCGUCCGGGACACCGGCCUCUGCUGCGUGCGGGGGAAUUACCGGCACCUCCUGUCCCUCUGUGGCUGGGUUAUUUUUGAAGCGCUCCAAGGACGCCGGUUGUUGUUGCCGAUAAGCAGCGAGGGGCAGCUCCGCCUCAGCCGGCACAGCUCCCUGCAGGUUUCCCAUCUGCCCCAGAAAACACUGUUUCAUCUUGGUGAGCAGCCUCCCUGCAAACCUGCUGUGGGCUGCGUGGUAGUCUCCACGAUGUUACACUCGGCAGGGGAUGAGGCUCGGCUCCUUCUCCAGUGCAGGCUGGUGGUCUACAUGCUGCUGGGACUGGGGUUCCUGCUGGUGAGGGGGCUGCCCCUACCCUGCCCCUCCAGCUGCCAGUGCUAUGACACCUCCAAAGUCUUCUGCUCGGAGGAGAGGAUGCGGGAGAUCCCAGUGGGCCUGCCAGGGAACGCCACCCAGCUCUUCUUUGUGGAGACUGCCCUGAGAAGUGUCCGCAGUGGGGCUCUGGGCUUCAGCACCACCCUCACCAAGUUGGUCUUCCUCAACAACAACAUCCAGGACCUGGAGGACGGUGCCUUUCAGGGGCUGCCCGGCCUCACCGAGCUGGAGGUGUCAGGUAACCCCUUGCCGGCAGUCAGCCCCAGGUUGCUGGCGGGUCUGCCCAGCCUCAGCAAGCUCUCCCUGGGUGCCAAUGCCCUCCGCUCCCUGCAGCCAGGGCUCUUCGCCUCUGCCUGCUGCCUGCAGGACCUGCGCUUGCCGGGGAACAGGAUCGAGGCACUGCCCCCCGGCAUCUUCCGCCCGCUCCGGCACCUCCAGACCCUGGACCUCUCGCAGAACGUCCUGACUGAGCUGCCAGCAGAGCUGCUGGCGCCCCUCACCGCCCUCCGCCUCCUCAAGCUCAGUGACAAUCUGCUGGCGCGGCUGCCCCACGGAGCUUUUGGGGCGCUGGGCCUGCUGGCCGAGCUCCACCUGGAUGGGAACCGGCUGGAGGAGCUGCCGGCCAACGCCUUUGCGGGGCUGGGGGCGCUGCGGCGGCUGCAGCUGCAACACAACGCUCUGGGCAGCCUGUCCCCUGACAUCUUCACUGGUCUCCCGAACCUCACCGUCCUCAGCUUGGAGGGCAACCGCCUGGCCACCCUGCCUGCCACCCUCUUCACCGGCACCCCUCGCCUCCUCCACCUUUCCCUGGCUCGCAAUGGGCUGGAGAUGCUGCCCCAGGGACUCUUUGCCAACCUGUCUGUGCUUCAGACCCUGGUGUUGUCAUAUAACUCCAUAGACCACCUUCCCGCUGGGGUUUUCCAGGGUCUGGCGGAGCUGGCAACGCUGCAUCUGAGCCACAACAACCUCUCCAGCCUGCCGGCUGGGCUGCUGAGAGGGCUGCCCCUCCUCACUGCCCUGGCGUUGGACCACAACCGCCUGGCCCGCCUGCCUCCGGGGCUCUUUGAUGCCAAUGAGGAGCUGGUGCGAGUGGGGCUGGGCAGCAAUCCCUGGGUCUGUGACUGCCACCUUGCCUAUCUCCUGAGCUGGCUCCAGGGCUUUGCCGAGCCCCUCACCCAUGCGCAAGCCUCCUGUGCCAGCCCAGCUGCUCUCCAGGGACGGUCCCUGCUGGAGGUCCCCCACAGGCAGCUGCAGUGCCCGGGAGCAUCGGGUGCCACCCCGGAGGAGGGCUGGAACGGGGAGCAUGGUCCAGGGCAGUGCACCUACAGGAACCCCGAGGGCACCGUAAGCAUGGCCUGUGAUGCCACGAGCUGCCAGCAGCUCAGCCUUCACCUUCCUCCUCCCUCUCCUCCUCCCAGGCAGGCAGCGGGGCUGGGGCCGGUGUACCAGGGUGCCUGGGUGCUGCACUCCCGCUGUGGCACACUGCAGGUCAAUGUGCUGGUCACCGCACAGAGCAGGGAUGAGGCCACAUCUCCAGGUCUUCCCACUGUGCCCUAGAGCUCGGGCAGGAGCCUGAUUCUGCUCCACUCUUGCACUGGCAGCCUCUGAACCAGCCUGGGAAACAGCACCCCGUCUUGAUCUGCUACCCCUACCAUGGUCACCAGCUGUCACCGAGCUCUCCACAAAAGCUGAGCUGGUGGUAUUUAUUCUUCCAGCUGUGUGCUUCCUGUAUAUUUCAAAUGUAAUUAAAAUAUAUGUAUUA